AUGACGACGCAGCAAGAAGACACGGGAAGCGGCCAAAAAAUGGCCAUCCUUGUGGAAGAUAUUAUUAAUCCGUCGACGGUACUUAUGGCAAAAGCCGUGACCAUGGUUGUUUUGUGCGUGGUCAGUACUAUUAUGGGUAUUAUUCCCAUUCAGCUUGGCAAAUGCUUCAAGUGGGGCACGCACGACAAAACUGGAAAUCCAAGAUCUUCUAGAAUAGUUGGAAUGCUCUUAGGAUUCGGCGGAGGAGUUUUAUUCUGCACGACCUUUUUGCACAUGCUGCCAGAAGUCGUAGAAAGCGUUGAACUACUAACAGAACGCAAAGAACUUCCUAAGUUUAAUUUUCCUCUCGCUGAAGUAUUUGUUUGUACUGGGUUCUUUAUAAUGUACCUGGUAGAAGAAAUAGUUCACACCAAAUUACGGCACCGUGAACACCACGUAGCCCAUCAACACCAUCCAGAGAAAGAUGUUAAUCACAGCACGAAUGAUUUAGUUGAAAACAACGAAGGCUGUGCAGUUGGACACGUUCACCACGGCCAUUCUCACGGUUACGGUCAUGGACAUACUCAUUUGCCAGCAGCUACAAUAAACGAUAAUCAUGAUUUUGUAAUAAGUUCAUUGAGAGGUUUGCUCAUAGUUCUCGGUCUAUCUGUUCAUGAACUGUUUGAAGGUCUUGCUAUAGGACUGGAAGGAUCUGCCAAUGACGUAUGGUACAUGUUCGCUGCAGUGUCUGCUCACAAAUUCGUCAUAGCGUUCUGUAUUGGAGUUGAACUGGUUGCUUCAAGGACGCACCAAUGCUUGAGUAUCAUCUACGUUUGUACGUUCGCAAUUGUCUCGCCGAUGGGUAUUGGUAUUGGUAUGCUGCUUGUUGGCGGAGAUACUCCAGCAGCCAGCGGACCUCUCCCCGUCAUUCUCCAGGGAAUUGCCACGGGAACUCUGCUCUACGUCGUAUUUUUCGAGAUAUUGCAUCACAAUCGGGAUGGACUCCAUCAGUACUUAUCAAUCAUCGUCGGUUUUAUUCUGAUGUUUGGACUCCAGAUAGCAAAUGGAGAACUCGGAAGCUACGGUGUCUUACCAGACAAACCAAAUGUCUUUAUUGCUAGCUAAAAUAGCCGCGAUGUUUAUUCUCGGACUCGGAUCACUCGGACUCGGUGUUCUUCCGCUGAUUAUUGGCCGCUGCAGGUUUAGAAGACGACAAAAAUGCGCGCUCUCUAACUGCUCCAGCACUUCUACAAAUGCUUCUUCGACUAUCGACAAAACGGCCCAAGGUUUGCUGACAUCUCUACUUCUUUGUUUCGGCGGUGGAGUUCUACUCUUCACGACAUUUCUUCACCUGGCGCCAGAAGUCCGUCAAAGCGUGGAACGACACCAGUCAAACGGCCAGCUAACAAGUAUCGGAACUUUGAGCAUGGCAGAGCUACUCUUCUGCAUCGGAUUUUUCAUGGUAUACUUCGUUGAAGAAACAGUGCACGCGACAUUGACAGGAAAGCGAUCAUCUCCAGAAGAUCUGCUCUACCGCACAGUCUCAGUCCGGAGAUGCAACAAGCAAGCGGCUGUUUCAGCAUCAAACACCACGAUAACCACGGUGGCGACCAGCAAAAAAGCUUCAUCUCCAACUUCUUGGAACAUCGGGAAGCUGCGGUACGACGACGAGGACGAGAAGCACAAGACAGCAAGCAGCUCUCCAACCAGCAGAGAAGAGAUAAGCAAAACUGACGUACUCCCAGCGGUGUUUGUGCAAUCUUCGCCGUCGAUGGAUCCACCAGUGGAUGCUGGCCAGGAAGAAGACCAGUUCGUGGCUCCUCCGAGCUACAAUUCCCACGCUCACAAGCCUCACAGCCACGCUCAAGCAGACACUUCCGUCCGCGGGCUGCUGACAGUAGUCGCUCUGUCAUUCCACGCGAUAUUCGAAGGCCUGGCAGUAGGUCUAGAGCCAUCGAUCACUUCCGUGGUCUACCUGGCAGCAGCAAUUGCGACUCAUAAAUUAGUAAUUGCAUUUUGCGUCGGGAUGGAGCUGUACGUCACUGGCGCUUCUACGAGGACAGUCCUCGGGUACAUGUCAGUAUUUUCCCUUGUGACGCCUCUGGGGAUCGUCUCUGGACUCGCUCUCGGAUACUUCAAAAACGACAGCGACAACCUAGGGACCACCCCGACUAUUCUUCAAGGCAUGGCUGCGGGAACUCUUCUGUACGUUGUCUUCUUUGAAGUUCUCGCCAGGGAGCGAGCUAACGAAAAAAGCGGGCUGCUACAACUAGCAGCCAUCGUUGCUGGAUUCAUGCUGAUGCUGGGGCUUCAAUUACUCACUUCUCAUGCUCACUCACAUGGCCAUGGACACUCGCAUGGACUCGAGCACAGUCAUAACGACUCGCAUGAACACGAAGAAGACCACGAGGGACAUAAUCACACUGACCAAGAUCACCCGAUCACUUUAAUUACUGAUAGUAUCGACAGGAUAUCUACAAAAGUCGCUAAUGCUGUUACUGAUGCGCUUGUGUCUUCAACAACUCCGUCAACCACGGAAGCUGGACACUCUUAA